AUGGAUCACGAGCACAAAGACUUCACCCUCGCAGAGAGAGGGAUCGACACCCCCAAUGCUGAGUCCUACUCUAAAAUCCUGGAUCGUUCUCUUUGGACCAAGAAGGAGUACCUGAUCAUCUGUGCUGCAGUUCUGUUUCAAGCGUUCGCCUACUCUUUCGAGUCGAAUAUGUACUACAGCGCCCUUAAUUAUGUCACCGCCUACCUUGUGUCCACUUCGAUUGGCAGUGUCUUGCCGACCAUUCUGCAGAUCUUGAGAGCUGCACUUGUUCCCUUUUUUAUCAAGUUUUCCGAUGUUAUUGGUCGUGCAGAGUCCAUUUCGAUCGCCAUGUUGUUCUAUUUGACCGGUAUUACCAUCCAGGGCACGGCCAAGUCAUUUGUUGAAGUUGCUGUCGGUCAGAUCUUUUAUGGAAUGGGAAGCACUGGUGUGCUAGUUCUUACUCAAGUCUUGAUUGCAGACACAACACAUCUGAUCGAUCGUGGCAUCAUGUUCGCCCUCUGGGACGUGCCCUCAAUUGCCAGUGUCUUUAUUGUCCAGGCCCUCACAGAUCCACUGACUCUGCCCAAGCUAGGCGAGCCAGAAGACAAGUGGCGCAGGGCCUUUUUGGUCAUGGGUAUCGUCUCUGCGAUUGGUGCAGCAGUUCUCCUUGUCCCGCUCUGGCGCCUUCAACGGAAAGCUUUGCGUGACAGGACUAGGAGAUUUGAGCGCCGCUCUGUCCGAUGGCUGUUGCACGAAUUCGACACAAUUGGUGCUCUGCUUCUCACAGCCGGUAUGAGUUUGACGCUACUCCCGAUGAUUCUUGCCAACUCGUAUGAGGGUAACUGGAGAAAUGGCAAGAUCAUUGCCAUGAUUUGUUCGGGCAUCGUUGCCAUUUUCUUACUGGUCAUUUGGGAGGCCAAGUUCACGGACAGACCCAUCAUGUCGAUGAAGAUCUGGGGCAACCGUACUGCAUUCGGAUCACUCGUUAUUGGCCUCGUCUUUGCAAUCAUGUCCUCGGUGAACUACCAGUACCUCGCUCUGUACUUGGUUGUCUCCCGCAAUGUGUCAUUCGGUGAUGCAUAUCUUCUUGAGCGUGGAUAUCCUGUCGUCUGGACAAUCUGUCAGCUCAUCACAGCUUUGUUGAUGAAACGUUACAACACCUGCCGUCCGUUCGUGUGGGUUGGAAUCGCCGUUCAUGUUCUCGGUGUUGGUCUCAUGAUCCCUGCCCGACUCCCCACCUCCUCUGAUGCCUUUGUUGUCAUCUCCCAGGCGAUUGCCGGCGGUGGUGCAGGCAUUGCCAACGUUGCCAGCACCGUUGCUGCAACAGGCAUUGUGGACAAAAAGGAUGUGGCUACAGUUAUUGGCGCACAGCAGGUUCUCUCCUCGAUUGGAUAUGCCAUCGGUGGCGCAUUGGCUGGAGGUGUUUGGACACAGUACUUGCCCAAGCGCCUUGAAAAGCAUAUCACUUCUCCAUACGAUAAGCACCUUGCUUUGAACGACCCUCUCAAGUACAUCCCAAGCUUGGAUCCGGUGACCAAAGGCCAGUUAGUCGACGCUUAUGCCGAUUCCCAGAUGCUAAUGUCGAUCAUUACCUGCUGCCUCGCCAUCAUUGCCUUCAUUUCUGCAAUGAUGAUGCAGCACGUUGACCUGCUUCAGGAUCAGCCGGAUCGGAACCAGGAGGCCAACGGCGAUUCUGACAUCGCGGAAACGAAGAAUGCUGUAGAGUUGAAGUGA